AUGUACGGUUUACGAACUUUGCUCCUUCCUGUGCGCAAACUAUGUAGUAAUUUGAGCAAAGCAACAGAACUUGUGGGAAUUCAGCAUUUGGAAGGGAAACACGCCGGCAUUGCGGUCAUCAGUAUGUCUCGCCGGAAACACAAAAAUGCCAUUAACGAUGAAUUUGUUAACCUGCUCCAGGAAGUGCUUGAUUCGGUUAAAUUCAAUGAAAAGUUACGUGCGUUGAUUUUAAAAAGCAACGUACCUGGAACGUUCUGCGCAGGCGCAGACCUCAAAUACCGAGCAACUUUGCCCGCCGAAGAAAUCGCUUCUGCAAGUCAAAAAAUAAAACGCGUGUCCACCGAGUUAAAAACAUUUCCUGUGCCAGUUAUUGCAGCCAUUGACGGGCUCGCACUUGGAGGUGGAUUGGAACUUGCACUCGGCUGCGAUAUGAGAGUGGCUGCAAAAGACGUUUCCCUGGGGCAACCAGAAACCACGCUGGCACUCAUACCUGGGGCAGGUGGCACCCAGAACUUGCCGCGACUGAUUGGCGAGGCAAAGGCGAAAGAAAUGAUAUUCUGUGACCGCAGAUUGUCUGGAGAAGAAGCAGAAAAGAUCGGAUUAGUGAACUAUGCCGUAGAUCAAAAUGACAGUGGUGAUGCAGCAUAUCAGAAAUCACUCAGGAUUGCAGAGCAAAUUCUUUCAAAGGCACCGUUGGCUGUAAAGAUGGCAAAAAAAGCCAUUAAUAAUGGACUGAAUGUUGACCUAAAUACUGGUCUUGUAAUUGAAACUGCAUGCUAUGCACAAAUAAUACCUACUGAAGACCGCCUUGAAGGCUUACGGGCAUUUAUUGAAAAGAGGACUCCUGAAUAUAAAGGAAAAUGA